CUGCACAGGAGCGUCUUUUUGCAGCAGCGACAACACCGUAGAAACUGCAGAAAGCAGAAAGCUGUCCUCUGUAGCUGGCUUGCGAUGGAAGGCGACACAAAAAUAUGGAUAAAGCAUUGCAAAGAUAAAGAACAAACGGACUCUUUUGAUUUGAAAGAAAUUGUUAUUAAGAAGGAUAUGACUUCAAAAGCAAUAAAAGCUACUCUUCUUGAAGAAUUUGAUAUUUCACAAGAACAUCAAGUGGUUAAGCUUCGGAAUUCAAGGGAUAACUUGAUUCCAAUCAAUGAUUUGCUCACUGCAAAUUCACCUAAGAAGGCAUAUACACUUGAAGUUUGCAAGAUGUACAAUGCAAUCACACCCAGACCAAGGACUGUUAGUUUGCCUACAUAUCAACAGUUACUCCGAAAAAGGCUACAGAAUAUUGACAGUAGACUUUUAAAGUUAGAACAGACUGUUCCAAGAUUGCCUGAAAUCAGAGUUGGGAUCAUUGAGAAGGAAAUGACUGACCUGACGUUGAAGAUGGAUUUCUUAAAUCAAAAGAUUCAGGCAGCAGAAAGUUACCAAUGGAAAGGCAUGUUCCAAAGGAACCCUCUUUGGUAGAAGUCAUGGCAUUGCAUGUGAGCUUUAAAAGAACGAGAUAAGUUAGACACUCAGGCACGAAAAAUUCCACGCAAGUCUUUUAGAAGAAUUUCUGUGGAGUGGAGUAUUUAUGAACAGUGCUGCGUGAGCCACGAAAGAUUGCUUCAGAUUAUAAAAAACCUUUUAACUAGUAGACAAAACUAUUCAUUGUGUGUAGAUAUUUGUAGAUAGAUACUAUGAUCUAUGUUUAAUAAGAUCAAUUAAUUUAAUUUGUCACCCCCUUUCAAAUCUGAAAGAAGACGUGUUCCUCAGCUUAUUAAGUUUUAGAAAAAAUCCACCAAUGACAUUUUUAUUCCAGACCUUCUCUUCCUUUUCUUUUUCGAGCCUAGUUCAUUAAAAAACUGCAAUGUGUGUACAACAAAGUUUAUCGUAGCGUAAGGGAGCUCAUUUAGAACUUAAAAGAAGCGUGAAAAUUCCGGACAAGAGAGUAAUUCCCAUAUUUUAGUUUUGAGAAGUUCAGUAGGAAUUGGAUUUCUAUGAAUUCACUUUACCAUCCCAUUUAGAGGCAUAAUACACGACAAAACGAUAUCUCUCCAAACAACUUGGAAACGAAACUUGAACAAUAACACUAUAUAGUAAUAGUAACUCUUUGCGGUACCAAAAACUUAUUUAGUAAUACUAUAAGAAGUGUGUAUAAGUUGUAGAUUGAUAUGGUUGGACGAUAAAGCGACAAGCUUGCUCGUGUCAUGUUCAUUUGACAGUCCCUUCUCGCAACUCGGUCCCUUCCCCAAAUAAGUUAUUGCAUUCCUGGCAUUAAAUUGAAAAGGCUCUUUCUUGUCUUUCUUUACACUCUUGCUUUUGUAUCAGAAAGGAGAUAUUAUGAAAUGACACUUGUCUUUCUUUACACCCUUGCUAUUGUCGCUGAAAUGACAUAUUUGAGCUUUUUAUUUUAGUUAUCUUCUUGUGAAUCAAGGCUAGCUCGUGUAAUUAUUAUAGCAACGAUACCAGUCAAAUUGAAGUACUGAACGUCGCUUUUCUUUUCCUAAGGAACUUCUUGUUGAUAAAGACGCCACCCCAGUACAUUGAUCUGUUUUCAAAUGAAUACGUUAUGAAUGUGGUAAAUGUGCACCCUGCCUCAACAAUAUCGCUGUUGGUCACCUCAUUUAAUUUGAAGCCUCACCAAAUUGACUCGAAAAUAGCAAAAUCAAAUGAAACGUAAUCAUCAAAAAAAGUUUUUGCAACAGCGACCAUCAAUGUGAAUGUUCAUUUUAAAAACAGACAUCAAAAUUUGUAAGCAACAACCAAACAACUAACAUGCUGCCUGGUUCGCCAAAUUUCAAGCAUUUGAAAAGUUCACAAUAUAUACUUCCGAGGGUAUUCAUUCGGAAGUAUAUAUAUUCAUUUGAGUUUUCAAAUGUCUUCGUUUGCAUAGCAAAGCAGUGUGAACAUGAAGGCAGAUAGGUUUUGCACUUUUUAAAUUUGAUAACGAAGCAGUGUUAGCAGGAUCCAAAAUGUACCUGGUUCGCGUAUUUUUAUUUCGAAGUAGUCUGGCAAAAUUGUAUUUAAUUUAGCGAGAAGCAAUUAUUUUGAAUUAUCUUUACUGCUGUACUGAAUUCAUGUUAACACCUAAAGAUACAACAGAGUACCGAAGUAAUAACGUUACUCAAAUCUAUUUUUAGAAUUUUUUAAUUUCGACCCCAUAAGCUGAAAGAGCAUCAUGAAAUACCUCUUUUUACUCUUAUUUAUGGUUGUAUCGAUAUGAAGGCGCUUGAAAGCGAUUUCUCAUCUUCAGUAACUUUGCGAAUGUAUUCAGUCAACUUUUCCCAUAAUUUUCUGUUUUCUAAGAGGUCACGUAUUCUUUCUAGAGCAUUAAUGUUUUUCAAAAAUUUGAUGCGGAAUGUUGGAUUUUUCUCCAAUGUCUUUUUGAUGUCGUUUUGUGAAGUUGUAACAAUGGUUGUCCUAGGUCGACCACGAAACAGCUUGUAGUUGUGUUUUCAGAAUAGAAGCACAUCUAAAUAUCCAAAAUCAGUUGAUUUAGUUAGAAAUUGGCUGAGACAUGGCCACAUGAGCACAGGCUCUUGUCCCAUCCAACAUAUUUGGUCUUUAUUAACCAGGCUAGAAUAACAGUAAUUCGUUAGCGAACUUGAAAUCUUUCAUCUAACUGAUUUUGCAUAACUGAGAAGUAUUUCAUGCCGUUCUUUCAGAUUAUGUGGUCAAAUUUAUAAAAAAUUCUUAAAAAAAUAUGUUUGAUGACGUCCCACUUUGGUACUCUAUCCGUUCAUGUUUAAAUGUGUUCAUAGUACAAAAUAUGUAGAUUCAUUAGAAUUAGAUAAAUGUCGCUCUAGUCACUCAUGUUUCUGUCUCUUUGUUACUCUGACUAGCCAAGCCCUGCAAAAUUCAAUC